AUGUGGGUCCUCGAGAACGAGGGCGAUGUCUUGCAAGGCAAGAAAUUAUGGCUUAGACCUGGGAAGAAAUAUAUGUUUGGGAGAACUCUAUCAGAGCAGGGGCAGUUUAUUAUCUCCGAGAAGACGAUUUCAAGGCAGCAUCUGACCGUCGAAGUCGAAGCCGAAGCGCCAAAUGACUGCGGAAACGCGUCAUCUCGGUCCCGAGUAAUAUUGACCGACCUCAAAACGAAAAUAGGCACAUUAGUGAAUGGGGAGCAGAUUAGGGGGAAAGUGUUUCCGCUUGAGCGCAAGGAUAAUGUGGUUAGCCUUGGACGUUAUAAGCACCACUUUCACUUCACUUGGAUUCCUGUUUGCUUUACGUUUUCCUUCACAUCUAAAGAAAGUCGAGCGGAUCCCUAUACCCCGCUACACAACCUUCUUGGGCCUCUCGAUAUCAAGGUUCUCAAAGACUACGAUCGUGGCCUAGCAACCCACCUUGUUGCAAAGAAACGAAACACAUCCAAGGGACUGCAGGCAUUGAUUGAUGGGAAAUAUAUUGUGCACAGUGAUUCCUACAUCAAAGCCGUUGUUGCAGCUGCUACUGCUAGCGAUAGUGGUCCUGCACCUUUAGAAGAGGAUUUCGCAAACUUUCCUGAUCCACUGCAAUACCUUCCUCCGAAGGGGGACGAACCAACUAGUCGCGAUUAUACUGCGUACGCGCCAGACCCAAGCCGGCAAGAUAUGUUUGAGGGUUACACAUUUAUAUUUUACGAUAGUCGACAAUUUGACACCCUGUUAGCUCCAAUAACCGCAGGCCGUGGCAAGGCACUCCUUCGUGAUGUUAUACCGAACCAGACGACUGUGGAUGAUUUUGUUAGAUACGUCAAGAGCGUUGCUGGUGAGAAAGGCCUUGGGGAAUUCGAAGAUGGGAGCGAAGGGAAAGGAGUCGUCAUCGUCAGAUUCAAUCCCGCGAAGGGUGCCGGGACUGACUGGUUCGCGCAGUUUGGUAGGGGGGUCGCGCUCCGUCUGGAUCACCGCCUGGUUGAGCAAAACGAAUUUCUUGAUGCUAUACUUGGUAUCGAUCCAAGUGCGUUACGGAAACCUCUUGAGAUCGACUCAACUGCGCCUUCAUCUACGGCUGUUCCCAUUGAAAACUCUCAGGCUCUGAAAACUACACAGUCUCCCCCACCACCACCCCAAAUACAGGCUGCACCUCAAGAACCGGCUAGACGAGGUAGGUCUCGGCGCACGGCAGGCCCACGAUUCAAGGGCUUUGAUGACGAUGAUUUUGACGCCCUGCCAAAUCUCCAUUCGAUUCCAGAGGCAAAGCCUAUGGCUUUGGAUCCAGCCCCAGCUGCGGAGUCUCAAUCACAAGGAUUGUUUGUAUCACAAGACAUGGAUGUUGAUAUUGAGCGGAAUGCUUCACCGUCGCCUCCUAGGCAAACCCGACGUAGUCGCAGAGGACGAGCUACUCCAAUCGAAGACGACGAGAUGUUGGACUCGAUGGCACCGGCAGCAGCACGUUUCAAGAAAUUACAGCAAGCUGCAGAUGCCGCCAGAAAGGCACGCGGAGAGCUGAGCCCUUCGCCUCCUCCACCGACUCCAGCGGAGAAACAGAGACAACCCAGCCCCCUACCUAAGAAGAAACCCCAGAAACAAAUCGAUGUUCAAGAAGCCAUUCGGGAGCGAAUGGAGCAAGCCUCCGCGGCCGCGGAAGCGGACCGAGAAGCAAUGCAAGAAGCGCUCGCUGACAUGGAUAUAGCUUCCCUACGGAACCUGGUACAAGUGGAAGAAAUGGACGUGACGCGGGUUAACCCGCGGCCUCGGGCAGCAGCGCAAGCAGACGAGAGCGAACGCUGGGACGACCGAUGGAACGGGCGGAGGAACUUCAAGAAGUUCCGCCGCAAAGGCGGGCCCGCACCGAAUGCAAGGGAUCUCCGUAGGGUCAUUGUACCCUUGGAGGAAGUGAAGAAGAAAGAUUUUGGGAUUGGCGAUGACUAUUGGCUCGAUGGUGAGGAUAGAGACAGUAGGGAGGGGGGGAGUCAACGUGGUAGUGAUAGGAGGAAAGGAAAGGAAAGACAAGACGAUGUCAGUCAACAGAAGAAAACACAGGCUCCGCCGUCUCGAAGACGUCGUUUAGCUAUAGAGAGCGAACCGGAGGAGGAAAGUGCCAUGCCUGCGGCACCAGAGCAAGACGGCGCUACAGUGAUAUCCUCGGGGUCUGACGUUGAAAUUAUCAAUGAACCACCCCAAAAGACAAAUAGGGCAUCUCGCUCGCAAACGCAGACAUUAGGAGGCAAGACAAGCGAGUCUGGGAGUUUGCCAUCGCAGAGUAGGAACAAGAGACCUGCUGCAACCACCUUGACAAACCCGGCGCCGCCCAAGAAGGUGAAGCAGACGCCAUUAUCUAUCGGCGGCAGUAAAAGACGAAGGGACGCGAGUGAUGAUGAUAGCGACGAUGAGUUGAAGUUUAGGUUUAGGAAAAGGGGUUAA